GAAGAAUAUAUUAUUAGAAUAUAUUAAUUUACGCUUAUAAACAUCUCAAAAAGUGCUGUCUCAGUAUCAUGACAUGAGAUCACUUCGCCCCCCGAUGAUUUAAAAGUGAAAGUUAUCUGUGACGGUGAACUUUUAGGAGACGCCAGUGUUGAUAAAGUGCUUCUGGCGCUCACCGGAUUCCACGCGCACCUGUUGACGCGACUCAAAACAAACCAGCCGCACGCGAGAGAGGGUGAUCUCCGUUAUUUGCGACCAGGACUAGUUUAAAUCCCCAUAUUUACGCUUCAAAUUUUUAUUUCUUUUUUAUGCGAUACAGGAAAAUGAUCUCUUUCAGGACCCUACGACUGCCUAAUGUUGGAGUUAUUGGCUUACUGGCAAAAGAAGUGGCAAAAAGCAGCUCAGCGUGUCAGAAUGUGGCGAGGAGGUCGUUUAAUUUAACUUUCCGCGGAGCCCGCGAAUUUACAGCACCUGUGUCCGUGGAUAAACCAAAAUCGAAAACCAGAAAUAUGACCAAUAAAAGUAUAUUCUCUGGACUGGAGGACAUGCUUUUCUACACUAUAACUGAAGGAGCGGAGAACGUUCCUGUAUCUCAUUUCAUCGGUGCAGUGAAAAGCACCGGCCUUCUGACCUCUGACCCCAGAUUGCGCGACUGCAUGGAAAAGAUUCGCGAAGCUAUCCGGGAAUCAGCCGGUGAAGCCAUGAUGGACCGUGAGCUGUUCCGAAAGUGUGCUGGUGGAAACAUCGUUCUGCUGAGUCUCGCUUUCAGACGGAAGUUUAUCAUUCCCGAAUUUGAGGCAUUUGUUGGCAUCAUCAAUCAUAUUUACCACACAUCAAAACUGCAACAUGAUGGACAUGUAAGAACUGUAUUUUUAAAUAAUUUUUCCUCAUUUAUUUGUAUAGUUGGACUCACUUCGAAUCUUUUUCAGGUUACAAAAUACAUUCCCCAUCUCACCAAGUUUAGUCCUGAUCUUUGGGGCGUCUCUCUCUGCACAGUGGACGGUCAAAGGCACUCAGUGGGAGACACAAAGGUGCCGUUCUGCUUGCAGUCGUGCGUGAAGCCGCUGGAAUACGCCAUCGCUGUGCACGAGCACGGCACGGAGCGAGUGCACCACUACGUGGGGAAGGAGCCCAGCGGAUUCAAAUUCAACAAACUCUCUCUGGAUGAAGACGAUAAACCCCACAAUCCCAUGGUCAACGCAGGAGCGAUUGUCAUCAGUUCACUUAUCAAGCCAGGUGUCAACAAAGCGGAGAAGUUUGACUAUGUGAUGGAGUUUGUGAAGAAAAUGACAGGCAGAGAGUAUGUGGGCUUCAGCAACGCAACAUUCCAGUCAGAGAAGGAGACAGGAGACAGAAACUACGCAAUAGGAUACUACCUUAAAGAAAAAAAGUGUUUUCCAGAUGGGGCGGAUAUGAUUGACGCACUGGACUUUUAUUUCCAGUUGUGCUCUAUAGAGGUCACGUGUGAGUCCGGCAGUGUGAUGGCCGCCACACUGGCUAACGGAGGCAUCUGUCCAAUCACAGGAGAGAGAGUUUUGAGCACAGAAGCUGUACGAAACACACUCAGCCUCAUGCACUCCUGCGGGAUGUACGACUACUCGGGACAGUUCGCUUUCCACGUUGGAUUACCUGCUAAGUCCGGUGUGUCGGGGGCAGUUCUUCUGGUGGUGCCGAACGUGAUGGGCAUCAUGUGUUGGUCGCCCCCAGUGGACAAAAUCGGAAACAGCGUCCGUGGAAUCCACUUCUGUCAGGAACUGGUGUCUUUGUUCAACUUCCACAACUACGACAAUCUGAGGCACUUUUUGAAGAAGCAAGACCCUCGCAGACAGUCUGGUGACGACAGGAACAAGUCGGUGGUGAAUCUGAUGUUUGCAGCCCACAGUGGAGAUGUCUCAGCUCUGAGAAGGUUUUCUCUUUCAUCCAUGAAUAUGGAGUUAAAGGACUAUGACUCUCGCACACCUCUCCAUGUCGCUGCUGCAGAAGGUCAUGUGGAUGUUGUGAUAUUUCUGACGCAGGCCUGCAAAGUCAACCCUUUUGUGAAAGACAGGUGGGGAAAUAUUCCUCGGGAUGACGCCAUGCAGUUCGGCCACAAGGAUGUGGUGAAGAUCCUGCAGGAAUAUGAGCAGGGCUGCAGUCCAGGCUGACGCAGAAGACCGAAGUCAUCAAUCCAAAUCAUCA